CUACCCCCCGGCUUCAAAAAUCGUUUUCCUCCUCUCUUUGGAACUAGGAUCUACGCAAACCGGGAUUCUACCCCUUUAUUUAGACUUUAAGUGGAGUUUGUGGCAUUUGGCACGCGUUAUCCGGACCCGGGGGUGACUGAUGGAGUGAAACCCGAGCGGAGUGGAUCUGACACCGGCUGAGUCUUCGUCACAAGCAGCUGCUCGAGCCUAGCCUUGGAGGGUGGUCCCCACAGCGGCCCCUGGGUCCAAGCUGUGACAGCUGGAGCCUGGAUGAGUGAGGGGGCUGAUGGGCCUGAAGGACCAGAGGGAUGGGACAGGCCACAUCCUGGAGCUGGAGUACUUGCACGUGCCCGGGGCCCAAAGAGCACCCCAGGGAGAGCCCAGUAGAGCACCCAAUGAACCACCCAACGCAGCACCCGAGAGACCACCCACACCUGAGGGAGCAGUUGGAGCUAAUACAGAAACAGUGGAGGAGGCAUGUGUUGGGGUCAGCAGUGAGGUCACUUUUAGUGACAGUGAGGAUGACCCGGGCUCUUCCUCCUCUGACCCCCCUGCUGAUCAGCGCUCCCAGGUUGACUUCGCUCUCAAACUGGGCUACCCAGAAGAGCAGGUGCGGCUGGUGCUCAGGAAGCUGGGGCCAGGCGCGCUCACCAAUGACAUUCUGGGUGAGUUGGUGAAGUUCGGGACUAAGUCUGAGUCCCAGGUCCUGGCAGGGGGGUCCACUGCAGCUCUGCCCCUGUUGCCUCUGUCGCCUUUGCACCCCUGCCUCUCGCCGUGCCCCGCCCAGUGGACAGAGGACAAGGACAACCUGCGGCCUGUGGUGAUAGAUGGCAGUAAUGUUGCUAUGAGUCAUGGAAACAAGGAAGUGUUCUCAUGCCAGGGCAUCCAGCUGGCUGUUGAUUGGUUCCUGGAGCGUGGUCACCGUGACAUCACAGUUUUUGUUCCCGCCUGGAGGAAAGAGCAGUCCCGGCCCGAUGCACCCAUCACCGAGCAGGAGAUCCUGCGUCGCCUAGAAAAGCAGAAGAUCCUGGUGUUCACUCCAUCUCGCCGGGUGCAGGGCAGGCGCGUGGUCUGCUACGAUGACCGCUUCAUUGUCAAACUGGCCUACGAGUCGGAUGGCAUCAUUGUCUCCAAUGACAACUACCGCGACCUGGCCAAUGAGAAGCCCGAGUGGAAGAGGUUCAUUGAGGAGCGCCUCCUCAUGUACUCUUUUGUCAAUGACAAGUUCAUGCCUCCAGAUGACCCACUGGGACGCCAUGGACCCAGUCUGGACAACUUCCUCAGAAAAAGACCAAUCAUUCCAGAAAACAAGAGGCAGCCGUGUCCUUAUGGGAAGAAGUGCACGUAUGGACACAAGUGUAAGUUCUACCACCCAGAGAGGGGCAGCCAACCACAGCGAGCAGUAGCUGAUGAGCUUCGGGCCAGUGCCAGAGUCUUCAGUGUCUCUAGAAGUCUUGUGGAGGACACCCUGCCAGGAACAAGUCAAAGUGUGCAGGAGGAGGAGGGCCCUGAGCCCUGGCAGAGCACCCCAAAGAAGCAGUCAUGCUCCAGCCUGCAAGGCUCCCUCACAGACCUGUGUGAAGAGCGCAGGAAGCUCCAGUCACGCAGAGGCAGUAGCAGCAGUAGUAGCAGUGGCUGCAGUAGUUUCUUGGGCUACCCUGCACCUGCCUCUCCUGGGAACCUGGACAGAUGGGACCUGAUGGGCAGUGGCAGUAACAGCAGCGAGGGCCUGAAGGCUGUGAGAGAUCCCAGAUGUGACUCCCCUGAGGCGGGCUACAGCUCUAUGGUCAAGGCCUACUCUGGCCUUAGUCUGGAGUUUCCAGACUGUCCAGAACAGUUCUCCACGACCCAAGAUCUCAGAGCAGAGUCUCUGUUUUCAGACUGUAGCAGUGAAGGCAGCUCCAACAUCUUCUCCCCUGAUUUCACCUCAGACUGUGGGUCGAGGACACAUUCUUUGCACAGGCGUUACCUUUCUGCACCGAUGUACACAGGGAGGCCUAAAGAACACACUCCACCAAUCUAUUCUCAGGACAUGCCAAAACAGUACAGCUUAGAAACAAACUUCACUUCGGAAGAAUCUACCUCCUUUCAAACAGGAAGUGCAGGACACAGACAACACAGCCCUCAGGGUCAGUCUCUGGACCUGCCUCCUCAGGAGUACAGCAGCAGCUCCUCUGCUGGUUCACACAGGUCCCUCCUGUCCAUUGCUGAAGCUCCCCCAGGGUACCACACAAGCUUCACACUUCACAGCAGCUUUGAAGAACUCUCCUCUAUGUGUCCCUCUCAGACAAACAGCCUUGAUUCUGCCCUUAGUCCAGUUUCCAGCCGCCAAAGUUCUCCGAGCACUUGCAGAGGCCUGUCACAACAACAUGGGCAACAGCCAAGGUUUGCUUUUGAAGACCCCUCUUCUUCUAUCUCUUUUAGUAACCGCUUUGGGCUAAACCACCAUAGUCCUCAGGCAUACCCCCUUGGGGUGAGGCAGCAGAACUUCGAGUGCUUUGAGGAGCAUCCACCUUCUCUGGACCUUCAUGGUUCUCAUCUUCUGCACCGCUGCCCUGAUCUCCACCAGUCCACUCCACAGACCUACCCCCUUGGUGCACCACGCAACUUUGAAUCUAGCCACAGCUACCCCAGUCCUCCCCCUUCUCAACACAGCUUCAUGCCCCGCCCCCAUACCUACAUGUCACCAAAAGGGUUUCCAGGGGAAUUCCACAGUGUCCCACCAAAGACGCCCCACAUGUCCUCUCUGCAUGCCCAUCAGCUGAGCCCACUUCAGGGCUACAACAGGAGGCCUCACCCCUGUGAGAAGGCUGGUGCACCAGACUGUAAGAUGUAUAACUCCCCCCUGCCCAGUGCGAGGUUUAGCCCAAGGGAUCCACCACAAGCUGACUGGGACAUACAUGGCCAGCAGCCGUACAAGCCCUACCACCUCUUUGGCAAAACCCAGGAGGAGACCUGGAGCUCAUCAUGGGGUGGGCUGUCCUCUCCUCAGGGCACCCUGAAGCCCCCGGAGCCCCCCACUUUGGGCCAGUACCGGGAUGUGAGAGAGAAGCUGUUUUUAAACCUGUGUGGGAUAUUUCCUGCUGAUCUGGUCCGCCUUGCCAUGGCAAUAAACCCUCAUAUGUUGGAUGCCCAGGAGCUUGCGGCAGCCAUCUUGUUGGCCAAAUCGCAAUGUCUUACAUAAGAAAUGUCUCUACCUCUCUAGUCCGCAAAAUGGAGGAAAAUGGCAAGCACAAAUAUGGAAGCCAUUGUUGUACUAAAGAUGUGUUUUAAAGGGAAACCGGUAAAUAUGUAAGCCCAAUAGGUUGCGUUCACGUGACAUCACAGAUUUACUGUUUGACUGUCAGAUUCCAGAUUUGUUGACGUGAUUUAUGGUUAAUAUCUUUGCCAAAACACUGGCACAAAGUUUAACAACAGUACCUUUUUUUUUGUUUUUAAGAUGAAUAUGACAGCUUUGAUUUGUGGACCCAACCCUUAACAAAUAAUAAGGUUCAACAUUUGUGGAUUUCUAUGAAUAUUUCUUUGAAAAACGUAAAUCUCCCAUAGAGUUACACAGACCCUUACCCACCAUCUCAAAUUAUAAAAAUCUAGAACGUGAACGCAGCCUAUACGCCUGCUUGAGCACUUCAGACCAGGAAAUUAUAAUGUUAAAUUAUAUUCUAAGUAUCUCUUAAAUGAAGAGAAGACAUGCUUAGGGUGUUUAUCAGGUAUAAAUAUUUUAAGUUUAAUUUAUUUAAGUUAUUUCAUAGGUUACUUUAUUUUUGUUUUUUGCACUUUUGGUUAUUUUAAUAGUCAAUCAAGCAGCCAACAGUGAUAUUGUUGUUGGUUGAAGCAAAAAUUCCAAAAUGUCAGUUAAAUGAAGGUAUUGAACUAGUAACUACCAAUCCAGUUCAAGAGAUAUUAUAUAAUGUAUUAUUUAUUUUGUGUUUAAUAAUGUCUUUUAUUUUGUGAAUGCAUGUUUUAGGUGAGACACAGGGUUUUGUUUUAGUUAUGAUUCUUGUGAAUAACUGCAUGUACAUUUGGAUGGAUCUAUUUCAGCGCUGCCCGUUAUUUCAAAGCAUUUCAGGCGCAAUAAGUAAAUUAACUUAAAAGGGAAUAAUGCAACAUGUCUUUCUAACAUGUUAUAAUGUUGUUCCCUCAUAAAAAAAUGCUGCAGGCAUGUUUUUUUAAAGAUAUCAUCCAUGCAUAUUUGAGUAAUCUAGUAAUCUCUCCCAAGCCCUACUCAAACCCUCAUGUUUAGCAGUGCGAGCCUGUCCAAUGCUCAGCCAACAAGUAUAUGUCAUCCAU